GCGCUUUCUGUCUCACCUGUUGCGUUUGACGUUCUUGUCAUUAAUUUUUGUGUUUAACAGUGAAUAUUGCAACUGAUAGCGUUAAAUGAUUGUUAUUGUAUCAAUUUAAACUUUUGCUGCAAACGUGAUCCAUGGAUUAAGUUCAAAAAUGAUGUUCAGAAUUCAGUAGAUAUAUACUUCAAUCAUUAUGUCAGAUUAUCUUUCUACUGAACUUGCAGCUACGUGUGCUGCACUAGGUUAUUAUGAUGGAUCUAAGUAUCAUUUAGAUAAGUACUGUUUAGAUGUCAUAAAGGAUCUUAUCAAAUAUUUAAGAAGAGACAGUGAGUCUCAUGUUGUACGUCAGUUUCUCGGUCAAACAAAAAUACUUCAAACUGAUCUCAUAAAAAUUUUUAUUGAGCAUUAUGAUAAACUUGAACUUUGGGAUGUAUUGCUGAGGUUAAUUAUUAAUAUAACAAGUCCAGUUUUAUUGCUUUUUAAUGAACAAGUGCCUACUGAAAAAAUGCAACGUACUAUAUACCUGAAAUUAAUUUCAUAUACACAGUCAUAUAAAGUAGCUUUAAUCGAUGGACGUAUAUGGACAAUACUUAGUAACCGUUUAAGUGAAAUUCUUAAACUAGAUAAUAUAGAAAGAGGUGAAGAAAAAGAGAUGAUUGUUGAAAGAAUUCUUAUUUUUAUUAGAAAUGUCUUGCAAAUUCCUCCAGAUGAAAAUGAAAAACGUGUUGAUAAUGAUGCUACGGUUCAUGAUGAGAUUAUAUCGUUAAUGCUCCGUGAUCAAAAUGCAAGUCAAUUAGCAAAAUCUGGCUUGCAACGUAGUAUUACUGAAAGAGAAAAGGAUGAAGCAACGCUUUUAGCUGCGCGACUCAAAGAAAAAGAGAAAAAAAUGGAGAAAGUAAGAAAGUAUGCAGGAACUAGACAUUCACAUUUUGGUGGAACGUACGUCGUGCAAAAUAUGAAAGCCAUUGGAGAGAAUCAGCUGUUAUGUCACAAACCGUACCAAAAGAUCGAGGCAUUAGAUUUUGGCCAGGAUAAGAGAAAAGUGGCAAAACCGAAGAACAAACGUCCGAUGACGGACCCAAGGAACGAACGUACGUCCGCGCUGAGUGUGAGGCUAGUUUUGAAAGAAUUUUGCAUAGAAUUCCUGAAUGCCGCUUACAACUCCGUAAUGAGAUACGCCAGGUCCUCUAUAGUUGGCGACGUUCAAAAAAAUCAAUCCGAAGUAACUUGUUAUCUGUGGGCCUUGCGUUUCUUCAUGGAGUUCAAUCGCCAUUACAAGUUUGAAGUAAAAUACGUGAGCGAAACGAUAUCUACGGGAAUAUUUCAUCUAGUGCAAAGACAAAUGGAACAUUAUUACGAGAUGAUAAUUAUUGACAAGAAGAAAAUUCCUCUUUGGUCUCGUAGAUUGCAUUUAGCAUUGAAAGCAUAUCAGGAACUUCUGUACACUUUAUUGGCGAUGGAUCAAAGUACAGAUCGCAGUGUCAAAGAAUCCAGCAAGGUUAUUAAGAGUAACGUGUUUUAUGUCCCGGAAUAUCGAGAAACGAUUCUUUCUCAACUACUCUGCUUCGACGAGCUUAAAAUGUCCCGACAAUAUUUGAUCGACCUCACCACAACGGCGCACGUCUUCUUAAAAAUGCUGAGCAAUCAUUGCGGCAGAAACAAACGUGAUAUAAUAGUCCAAAAAGUGAAGCAAACGCGACCGAAGGGCGCAGAAGCUGUAAAGAAAGCGCAGCCACCGGCUCGAAGAAGCUUGGAAGAACGUUGGGAUGAAAUUAAUCCUCAACUGUCGAUUGUAAUGCAGGAAGGAACGAUACCGCAAGUUGUGCCAUUUGACGCAGCAUCGGCUGUACCUAUAGACGAUCAAAAGUAUCGAUAUCGGAAGAUUGAACUUUUGACGCAGAGGAUAUUUUCACUUGUGUCUUGUGGUCUUCUUGAUUCCAGGGUCGAUGCGAUGAAGAAGGUCCAAAAGUUACUACGGUCGAAGGAUCUCGAGCAAGCGAUCGGACUCAUUCGUGCAGCAAGGUAAGUAUUUCAUUUCUUUUGAACGUUCUCUAUGAGAAUUACGCGCCAUUUAUGCAAGGGGAUGAACACGGAGCGGAAAGUAGUAGUCAGGUUGAUGAUAGGGUCAUACGCGGUGAAAUUUCUAGCAUUUGGCUCGCGGUGAAAUGUUUUUCGGCUUUAUUUCGCCUUUCUUCUUUACGCUCCUCUGUUCUUUUCCCCCCUCCCCCCCCCCCUUUCUUUUUCUCUUUUUACCGGUUGAGUACAAUACGCGUUAUAAAGCUACAAGCUGAGUGGCUCCGAGUAUCUCCAACAUUGUUGCGGUUUACUAAAGCGUUAUUUCGGCAAACAAAAGAGCUGCGGCGGUAAAACUACGAAGUGAGCAAAAGUCAACGGAUAUAUUGAAAUGCAUUGUGCUCAUGGGAAUUCGGUUCAAAUCACUUGACGCGCGCUGGUUUACCUUCGAAAUGAAACGUUCGCGAAUUCUUAAUUGAAAUCGUGAUUUUGCCAUCCAGUUUUCAGGCGUCAGAGAUCAGGGGUAAAUAAUUCCUCGAAGAGGAAAUAUUUCUUGUUAGUGAUGUGGGCUCGUUUAAUUGAAUGUUUAUAUUAUUUGAACUGUUAUAAUUUAGUAUUUAUAUAGUAUUUAUAUUAUAAUUGAACUGUUUAUAUUAUCCCGAGAGAAAGAGAGAGAGAGAGAGAGAGAUUUGUUUCGUGGAAACAUUUGACUUUUUUCUUUAGAAGCCCGGGCCAAUUAAUUGGCCAACUGGCAAGUGUUUGCUCUUCCACUGGUAUUUACAUUGCAUUAAAUACGAAAGGGAUGGACCUGUUCUUGAAAUAUGCCGAUGCAUGUUGGUUCAUUUGAAUGAGCCCUAAGCGACGGCUCAACCCUGUCCCUUUGAAGUGUUCCGCCUCUAAAUAUACUCGCGAGUCUUUUCCCUCCAUUAAGUUGUUUCUCCAUUCUAUCCCAUCGAUCCUUCUGGCUGGUAGCCUUAAUCGCCGCUUCGAUGGUUUCGCGGGAGCAAUGCACUUUGGAGAUGAGCUAGUUGAUGCGAAAACGAGAUUUUUGCAUUCGCUUUACCUUCAAAGAGUUUCGUUUUUUUUUUCUUUUUUUUUUUUCCUUCAUAGAAACCUGUCAAGUUAUGA